CAGGAAUCACCUUAUAAUCGAUGUAAUAUACGAAAGUCAUGAAAAUGGUUGUGUAAUUAAACAACAAUAAAUUAGCGCAACCCUGUAUAUACAGUUUUUAUUUCUUGUAUAUAAAUAAUCGUACAUAGACAAUUCAUUUAUUUCAGUGUGGCCAUUGUUUGAAAUCAUCAAUCAUGAGAACGUUCCUUUUAGUAACAAUGGCUGUAAUAGCCUUAGCAGGAUUUGCAUUGGCUGACGAUGCGGUACCUGUGAAGAAACGACAAGAAGAUGUUCCCGCUAGAAAACGUCAAGAAGAAGCUCCUGCUAAAAAACGCCAAGAAGAAGCUCCUGCUAAAAAACGCCAAGAAGAGGUUCCUGCCAGGAAACGCCAAGAAGACGUCCCUGCUAAAAAACGUCAAGAGGACGCUCCUGCGAGAAAACGCCAAGAAGAGGCUCCUGCCAGGAAACGCCAAGAAGAUGCUCCCGCCAGAAAACGCCAAGAAGAUGCUCCCGCCAAAAAACGCCAAGAAGAUGUUCCUGCUAGAAAACGCCAAGAAGAAGUUCCCGCCAGAAAACGCCAAGAAGAAGUUCCUGCCAGAAAACGCCAAGAAGAUGCUCCUGCCAGGAAACGCCAAGAAGAAGCUCCUGCCAGGAAACGCCAAGAAGAUGCCCCUGCCAGAAAGCGACAAGACGAACUUCCUGCAAGAAGGAGAUCAGCAGGCAGAUAUCCAAGGCACAGACGUUUCCCCCACAGAAGAUGGAGACAUUAUUGAUGAGGUCACUAAUUAAAUAGUAGGAUGCGUAUAGGAAUUUUAUUUAUAUUGAACUAAAUUUAAUUUACAACUAACAGAAAUAAAAAUUUUAAGAUACCUCGCGUUUCAAUUGGCAUGAAAUUAUUGUAACACAAAAUUUUAUUCGGUAGGAAUUUGUUCAGUGUAAUAAAUGGAAAUAAAAGGGAAAAUGUCCAGAA